CUGGCGUUUCGUAAGGCGGCGGAUUCCCCCCGCGGCUCUGACCAGCCCGCGAGUGAAGCGGGGUCCGUUUUCGGUCACGUGCCGUUUAUGGGGUCGGUGUGGUUCGCAUGACCGAAAAGAAAUGAAUGUCAGAGGGGAUUUGUUUAAUCAUUUAACAGCUGACACAAGCCAUGUCCCUAACAAAACACUGGUGAAAGAGUAGAGGAUUUCUGGGAUACGGCGGCGCCUGCACCGGGAUGCCACCUCAGCGCGUCGGGGGUGCCGUUUGCAGCAGGAUGCCGUAGCCCGGAGCAGGGGCUCGCUGGGGAGCGUUCGAUGGCGUGCAUGGAGCUGCUCUACCUCACCAAGGAGAGCAGGCAGGCCGCGCUGGGCGCCGGCGGCAGCUGGAGUUUGUGCCCCCCUCCCCGUGAGCCGCAGCAGCAGCAGCGCGAUGGGGGCGACCUGAACGCGGGAGCAGCUGCUGCCGGGGCAACUCUGUGCUGCGAAAAGCAGGACAAGUCCUCGCCGAGGGCGGCCGCGGCUGAGCCGACCCCGGCAUCCCUUCCCUCGCCUCCAGGCGCCUCUUCUCGGGAAUACUCUGCUGCCCCCAGCAGCUCCCAGCCCUGCUACCAGCCCAAUCGCUUGACUGGGGAGGAGGAAGCAGGGAAGAAAAAAGCCUGCUGCUGCUCUCAGGAACUUGAGACAUCGUUUACCUACGUGGAUGAAAAUGUGAACCUGGAGCAUGCAAGAAGUCCCCCCUCUCCUCUGAGCGGUGGCUGCCAGGACCCCCUUCCCCAGCAGGGCUCUUGCAGGGAGCGCCCACCUGCGUGGGGUCAUGAUUCCCCAUCCCUGGUCUCCGAGGAAGAUGACGCCACCUCAGAAGCGGCUUCGGGGAAAUCCGUAGACUAUGGGUUCAUUAGUGCCAUUUUGUUCCUGGUUAGUGGCAUUUUGCUGGUGAUUAUUUCCUACGUGGUGCCCAGAGACGUGACUGUGGAUCCCAACACGGUGGCCGCCAGGGAGAUGGAGAGACUGGAGAACGAGAGUGCCAGGAUUGGGGCUCACUUGGAUCGAUGCGUUAUUGCCGGGUUGUGUCUCUUGACCCUGGGGGGAGUGGUGUUGUCCAGCCUGCUCAUGAUGUCCAUGUGGAAAGGGGAGCUGUACCGGAGGAGCAGGUUCACGUCCUCCAAGGAGUCUGCAAAGCUGUAUGGGUCCUUCAAUUUCAGAAUGAAGCCUGGCGCAAAUGAUAAUAUGUUAGAGCUAUCAUUAGUUGAGGAAGAUGUGCUUGCCAUAGAUAAUUAGUGUGGUCAUGAUUUUUAAAGGCAGCAUUUCUGCAGGAAAAUAUGUUUCAUUAAAGAAAACAGAUGCAGCUUAAGAUAGCUGGUGAUGCAGUUUAUUUGUCUGACCAGAAUGGUUUUUUUCUUAAGCUCUAUAAUCGAAUGUUUGCAGUAUAUGAACACUUGUUGUAAAGGGAAAACAUGCCGGAGAAAACACAGUCAAUCUAAAAUCAUGAAAACCACUGAAUAAAAAGAGAUUGGUGAUAA